GGCGAAGGGCCGCCCGCCGCGCGGCGUGGGCUGUGGCGUCGCGGUGGUUGGACGACGCCGGCAGUCGCUCUGCGCAACCACGGGCUCUGAGGCUGCCUCUCGGUCAAUGCCCGACCCUCAUUCUCCUGACCCGGAGCAGCAGCAGCGACCCUGAACAGACCGCCCCAGUGACCAGCCAUGGCGGCGUCCACGGCCUCGCACCGGCCCAUCAAAGGAAUCUUGAAGAACAAGACCUUGGCGGCUCCCGCUGUGGUGGCCUCAGCCCAGCAGCCCGGCUCGAACGUGGACGAGGAACUGAGUAAAAAGUCUCAGAAGUGGGAUGAAAUGAACAUCCUGGCUACGUAUCUCCCAGCAGACAAGGACUAUGGUUUAAUGAAAAUAGAUAAACCAAGCACUCCUUACCAUAGUAUGAUAGGUGAUGAUGAAGAUGCAUAUAGUGAUUCAGAAGCGAAUGAAGCCAUGACUCCAGAUAUCUUAGCUAAGAAAUUAGCUGCUGCUGAAGGCUCACAGCCAAAGUAUGGGGUUCAGGAACAAGAAAGCAGUGAAAAAGAAGAAAAUGACCUUUCGCCUGAAGAGCAAGAAAAAAAGCGACAACUUGAAAUGAAAAGGAAGCUCCACUACAAUGAAGGACUGAAUAUUAAACUGGCUAGACAGUUAAUUUCAAAAGACCUACACGGUGAUGAGGAAGAUGAAGAAAUGUCAGAGACAGAUGGAGAAAGCAUGAAUAUUGAAGACUCAAAUCAAGGAUCUGCUACAAGUGACGAACGACAAAACAAAUCACAAGAUUCAUAGAAGACAUGUAUCCAACAUUACAGUUGUUGGUCAAAUACAAAUCCUGUUAGUAUAAUACACUG